AUGUUAGGAAAUCUCUUUGUAGAAGAUGCUGGAGGAGGAGAAUUUUCCCAUCAAGUAACAACUAUAAAAUCUAUCGAAAAACCACCAUUUCCAAGAAAUGAAACGAAUUUGUGCGGAUUACAAAAUCAAGGCGCUACUUGUUAUCUAAAUGUACUUAUUCAAACAUUACUUUUUACACCUGAAUUUCGUGAACCUCUUUUCCGUCUGACUCCUAAAGAUCUUAAUCUUUCAGCAAAUUACAACGAUCAAAAUUCAAUAUCAUCUAGUGGAAGUUGUUUAAAAGUUCGUAAAAUAAUUGUUGAAUUACAACGUCUUUUUGCUGAAAUGCUUUUACUGAAUCAACAAGCUUGCUCAUCAAUUCGAUUAACAGAUAGUUUCGGCUGGCAAUCGAAUGAAGCUAUUGAUCAUCAAGAUGUUCAUGAACUAAAUCGUCUAUUAUUUGAUGCGAUUCAAAAAUCUUUACAAGGUACAAAACAAUCAGAUUUAAUACGUUUAUGUUAUGAAGGAUCUACAAUCAAUUAUACACAAUGUAAAAGAUGUCAAAAGAUAUUUAAACGAUCAGAAGAUUAUCAUGAUUUACCAUUAGUUGUACAAGAUAGUCCUAAUUUACAAACAUCUUUAGCAAGUAUGUUUACCAUUCGUGAACAGUUAAUUGGUGAUAAUCAAUAUCGAUGUUCAUCUUGUGCGAAUAAUUUAUGUGAUGCUGAAAAGUGGGCAAAAAUAACUAAAUUACCACCAAUAUUAACUUUACCAUUACAACGUUUUGUUUAUGAUAUUAAAACUGGUAGUCGACAGAAAAAAACUACACGUUAUGAGUUUCCAUUUGAGAUCGAUUUAAAAGAAUUUUGUGAAGAUUCAGUUACUGAAACAAAUUAUGAUUUAUUUGCCGUUGUUAUUCAUAAAGGCACAUGUUAUUCAGGACAUUAUUAUGGUUAUAUCAAAGAUAUCGAUCAGAUUGGUACAUGGAUACGUGCACCACCACCAUCACCUUCAACGAAAUCAUCAAAUAAACAAAAAUCAACAAAUACUCAAAAUAGUAAUGCAUCCAAUACUUCACCUAAUAAUAAUCGAAAUAAUCGAAAUUCAAAUGAGUCUGCUGACACACAAGAAGAAAAAAUGAAAAAACUUGAUUUAGUUAAAACAUUAUUAUUAUCAUGUGACGAUUGGGUUACUAUCGAUUAUCUUCUUCAAACUUAUCGUGAAAAUACAACAAUGUCAUGGAAUCGUACACGUGGUGUUCAUGGUUCAUUUACUAAAUUUCUUCGAAGUUAUCCAGAAAUAUUUGAAGUUGAUGAUAAACGUGUUCGAUUAAUUGAACGAAAUUGUCCAAUGGAUAUUGAUGAACAUGAUAUUGAUCAAAUGGAUUAUGAAUCAUCACAAAAUGAUAAUUCAUUAAAUAAUGAUCAUGAUGAUGAUGAACAUUGGUUCUGUUUUGAUGAUUCAAUUGUAACAUGUGUUACACGAGAACAAAUAAAAAAACAUUAUGGACAAAAUGAUUGUGCUUAUAUGUUAUUUUAUAGACAAAAAGAUCGACAUAGACCAAAAAUGGAUUGUUCAGAUAGUAUUUAUAACAGAUAUAUUUUAUUUCAAUUUCAUAAAAAAUUGAAUUUUCUUUUAGAUACUCUUCAUUCAAUACCACAAUGGUUACUGGAUGAAAUUUUAGAAAAAAAUAGAAGUUUAGAUGAAAAACGUGAGAUUUAUGAAAAAUAUCAAAAUCAAUUAUUAGUUACAAUCUAUCCGAGUGAAUGGUUUCAAGUUAUAGAUGGUUGUCGAUUAAAUUUAAAUAAUAAUGAUCAAGUAUUAUUUCCAGAUAAAUAUGGAGAACUUGUAUUUGAUAAACGAACACAAAUUGAUGAAUUUAUUUCGAAACUUGAGGUAUAA